AUGCCACACCGUGAAGACUUGACGCGUAGACGCGCGUCGCUGCAACCCCGAUGUAACCUUGAGGCAGUCAAGGUCGUGCGAGCUUGUUUUGAAGCCAGCAGCGCGUUAAAUCGGCUGAACGAACGCACGCUCUUCAACGCGAAAGCCGUCAUUUUUUCGGCUGCGCACGCGUUUACUACUGGUCGAUGGGACAGGGGGGACGAGUUGCGUGCGCAUACACGAAAGGACACACCGCGGAACUUUUUUCCAUCCUGUCAUCCUGCCCCUCUCUCUCUCACUCUGGUUUCCACAGUCGCGGCUGCCCAAUUACUGUUUCAGGUGUUGGCCACGCACCUCCUUGCCGUCACUAUCGCGUCCAUGUCUAACGGGGUAAAUGCGUUGUCUUUAAUUGAGUUUGUACUUGUUCUCAUCAGCGAUGAUGAUAACGAUGAGAUCGGUGAUGAUGGUGAUGAGGAGAAGGAGGGGACCUUGGAGCGUGUGUGUCUAAUUGUUGGAACCUUGGAAGCCGUAACCUCUACACAUACCUUCGUCAUGGAAAGGAUCUACGAAAAACCUGAUACGACUCAGCAGUCACCCGACGGACGUGUCAUACUAGAGCGACACAAACAGGUAAAAAUCCUGGUUCCAAACAGCACUGCAGGUAUGAUAAUCGGAAAAAACGGGACCUACAUUCAGGAAAUUAAGGAACGAUCAGAAGCUUAUGUUCAGAUCUCCCAAAAAUCUCGUGAAUUCUCGCUACCCGAACGAUGCGUCAUUGUUGCGGGUGAGUUACACCAGAUGCGAACGGCAAUGGAUCUUAUCCUCGCAGUGAUUGCGUCCGACCCCCAAUCCUCAUCUUGCCCCAACCUCUCCUACGCAGACGUUCGAGGUCCUGUCUCAAGCGUCUAUCCAACUGGCUCACCCUACGCCUUCCCCUUCAUUACCCAUGGCGGAAAUAUUCUGCGACCUGAUGCAUCGAUCACCACGAACUCCUACCUUACGAAUUUGGCAACCUCUGCAAUCACUCCCAUCGACGCUGCGGUCCUCAUGCGUCUAGUCAAUGGUGAUCAGCUGACAACACUGCAACAGCAGAACGCAGCUCUGAAUGUCUUCAUUCAAAUGGGCGGAUUAGUUUCUGGUGCGGGAGUCGCUGCCACAACAAAUCAACAGCAGGCACCACCAACACCACCGUUGGCAACGGCUGCUGCUAAUUCCUUGGGAUCGUUUUGCUCAAGUCCAACGUUCCUAGCGACCCCAAAUAUGUUUGAUUCGCUAAUGCCAUCAGCAGCGCCACAUACCCGCGUUGCUUCUCAGUACAUGGGAGCACGUGCCGCCCCCCCUUUCGUCGGCGAACCCGCCUACUCCUCCGCGGCCGCCGCCGCCGCCACCGCACAGCUCUGUCCGUUUGUACCCCUCCAAACAACGGCCUUUACGACUCCCUCUUCCCCCUCCACUGCCACACCUGAUGUUCCUGCAAACGCUGCGCUCCAGGUGGCUGCUCUUGCUGCUGUCGCCUCAGCGAACAUGAAAAAUUCCAACUCCACGACUGCCGUGUCGACAACCGACGCGCUGAGUAUCUUCGACACCGGGCAGCAUGGAGGCGGCGAUCCUGGCGAGACGGCUGGGCCUGCAGCCGCCGCAGCACUGUGGGAGGAAUGCAAAAAUAAUGGCGGACAACAGCCCUCAUACAUAGCCGCCUCUGCCGCUGCUGCCCUUAUGGGACUCUACGCCACUGCGGCAGCGGCGAAUUCAAAUGCCGUGGCUGCAGCCCCAACGCCAGGAACACCAAUGUUGCGGUCUUCGUCGACCGUAGCGAGCGGACUAUUUUGUACGCGGGAACUCCUGAUUCCUGAAAAUCUGGUCAUCCGAAUAGCAGGCCCACAGGGUCGGCUUUUGGCGGACCUGCAAGCCCAGACCAACACAAUAAUCCACCUCUCCCCCAAAAACGUGUUUGUAUCUGGAAUCCAGGGCCGAGUGAUUUCGAUUUCCGGUGACCAGAUGAAUGUCAACUACGCGGCCGCAGUUAUUGAAAAUACAAUUACAAUCGAUCAAUUAAACCAGCAAGCAGGAGUACUUCACCAGCCCGCUCGCAAACCCUACGACGAGUCGGGCGCAAACUACGCUAACCCGACUCCCGGCAAAGCCAAUGAUGUCGCUCCUGAAAACGGCGGUGGUUACAACGCCGUUGAGGUAGUGACCUCCGCAAAUGCACCAUGCCCAGCUCAGCCGGCACAGCCGCCUCCAAAGCAACCCGCAUUUUAA